CCUCUGGAGAGCUCGCUGCCCGGGUGGGGCUAUGGUGGUGCUGAGCUGCGCCUCUGGUUCUCUUUAAGGCAACAGCCUCCCUGGCCAUGGCUCUGAGGGAGCUGAAAGUUUGCUUGCUGGGGGACACUGGUGUAGGCAAAUCAAGUAUUGUGUGGCGAUUUGUAGAAGACAGCUUUGACCCUAACAUCAACCCGACCAUAGGAGCAUCUUUUAUGACAAAGACUGUGCAGUAUCAAAACGAGUUGCAUAAAUUCCUAAUCUGGGAUACAGCUGGACAGGAACGAUUCCGUGCUUUAGCACCAAUGUAUUACCGAGGCUCAGCAGCAGCUAUUAUAGUUUAUGACAUCACAAAAGAGGAAACCUUCUCAACAUUAAAGAACUGGGUGAAAGAACUUCGACAACAUGGACCUCCAAACAUUGUUGUAGCUAUUGCAGGAAAUAAGUGUGACCUUAAUGAUGUAAGAGAAGUCAUGGAAAAGGAUGCUAAAGAUUAUGCAGAUUCCAUCCACGCCGUAUUUGUAGAGACCAGUGCUAAAAAUGCAAUUAACAUAAAUGAACUCUUUAUAGAAAUUAGUCGUAGAAUUCCAUCAACUGAUACCAAUCCCCCAUCUAGCAGUAAGGGCUUCAAACUUAGAAGACAGCCUUCAGUGACAAAACCCCGCUGUUGUUGACGGAUACUUUAGCAAAUCAGACUUGUUUUGAAAGUAGGUGGUCUUGGUAGCGAAUGGUUUAUGUUGGGUAUAUAUUAUUGGUCUUAGAUACUUAUCUGCCUGAUGUUCAUACUUCAAGGUCCCACAAAAAUGGACCAGCUCAUCUGACAGCUCCCAGAAGACACCGCAGUCAUGAUAACGUGGGCCUAUUUACUUACAACAUGUAUAGUGUCUCCUGUAUUCAAAGGGAAUCCAUCGUCAGUUCUUUGGCCUUCCUUGAAAGGAUAGUCAAUAUGUAGAUGGCAGGACUGAAAUGUUUAAUAAUUUUGUAAUCAAGAUUAUAUGUAAUGUUUUGUAAAAGGGAAAUGAGCACUUUCGUGGUUCAGAGGGAUGAGGAAGGGGGAGGAAACAGCCAUGUUGGAAAUUGUGAUUUUAAUCAUAAGGCUAUUCUGCUACCCUUUCAAUUGCUAUAAUGAAUAUUAUUUUAAAUAUAAUUGUAGCUAAUUCAAAGUACAGUGAGGGAAUUGGUUGUAGAUGGCUUACAGAAUAAGUUACUGAUAAAAAUGAGCAAAUCAGCCCAUCUGGUCCCCACAUCCCACUUGCACUUUUUAUUUAAAGGUAUUAUGAACAAACAAGCAAAGAAUUUUAGACUAUAGACAAUCUUAUUUUUUUCAUGCUGGCUUAACCAUUUAAUGGCAUACUGAUACAUUUAUAAGCACCUAUUUGUUUUCUGUAAACAUUUUUACGAUUAAAAAUGGUGGUGGAAAAGAACCUAGCUGAAACUCCUUCUAAAUUUAAACUUGAGCAUGACUGACUGACACCAGAUGCCAUCUAGAGUUCUAGUAAGGCUUUCUUUUUUUGGGCAAUGCUUUUUAUUGCUUCGCUUAUGUAAAGUUUUUGUGCUAUAUUUAUGAGACCAGUGCCUAAAGUAUUAUAAAUUAUGUAAAAGCAGUUGAGAAAUCUAGCUUUCUUCAGUCUUUCCAUUCCACACCCAUGGAUAGAGUCCCUGGGGAUCUCCAAAAAUUCUGUCUCUGCACAUGAGGUCUUAUAUUGCAGUCAGUGACCCUGCCAGAAGGCUGGAUGAUGCUCCCGUCCUGUCACCUCUGCAUUUCUGCUUGGAAAUGGCUGGUAGGUGUUGCUGUUGGUGAAGCAUGUGGCUUGUUGAUUCAGCAGAUCACCCAGUUCUUGCUGGCUGUGGAACAAAAAUACAAACAGGAAACCAAAUGCAAGGCAUGUAUGGUAGCGUAGAUCGUUACCUCUUGAUUCCAGGGUCUAGCCCAAAUUAUCAUUUUUAACUACUUGGCAUUUUUUAAGUGAAUCAGCUUUUAGCUUUGUUACAUUGUUUUUCUUACAUUUUAUAUUAAACUAUAAAUUGACCUUAUCCUAUUAUGCUAUUUUCAUUAUUUAUUUUUAGUUUCCUCCGGAGCUAGUGGGAACUUCAUAUUUUUUAAAGGAAGAGCCUAAUAAAGUAUUUUAAAUAUUUGAAUUUAAGCUUUGAUAUUGAAAUUAAAGCCAUGUCGGUGAUAUUUGUUCCUAAUUUGUAAUUUGCCAUUCCAUAAUUUUAAAUAUUUUAGCUGAAGGAAAUUUCAAAGAAUAAGUAGGAUAUUAAACAGCUUCUACUUCAGAUUAAAUUUAUAUUCAAAAUCCUUAUUUCAAUGCUAUCUUCAGGCAAAACUAUUUCACUAUUGUAACUUGAUGAGAUAGAAAGUAUAUUCUGAAAGGGGUUAAUAAUUGUAAUGUAAUAUUAGGGUUAAAACUUCUUAAGGCCUGGCUUUUAAAAUGUGAUCUCUGUGGGUAUGUUGUUCUUUGACUUUGCACUUCUGUUUGUUAGAAUAGGAUAUGCAUGUGCUCAAGCUUCCUGCACAUGCAGAUGGUUUAUGAGCAUAUAAGGUCUAUUGUGUGUGCCCAAAAAGUUGUGUGCACAUAAAUGGAGGCUGGCUUGAAGCUCCUAUAAAAAAAUUUGCCGUAACAAAGAAUUUUACAAUAAAGAUAUAAUUAUGUAACGACUUACAGCAUGGUUCAGCUCUAAGAUAUAUAAUAAUGUGACUGAAAUCUUUGUGUGUCAUUUGAAGCAAACAGAUCACAAAACUUUAAACUUUGUUUAAAUAAGCUAUGAUACAGUGUUAUAUCAAAGCAAGCUAGCAACUGACCACUUAAUGAUAUAGUUACUCAAAGUCCUUGCACAAUGGCAGUCAUUGAAGGCUGAACUUCUUAGAAAGUCUUGCUCUGUCUUCAGUUAGCCAACUGGCAGAGUUCUAAAAAUAACAGACCAGGAUGUGGUUAUCCACUUAAUGAAGCUAGAUUUAAAAAUUGAUUUUAAAGCUAGUCCCAAAAAGAUGUCAAGCACUAUGCUCUUCUGAGACUUCAGUAUGCUUUUGUAGCAGAGUUCCAUUUCAGGAUAACAAAAAUAUAUUCUUCUUAUGGGGUGGGGAGGAAGUGUUUAUUUGAAAGCAACAGGUCACCGUUUUUGUAAUGCUAGUUUUAUAACAUUGUGUUAUUGUAAUCCCACUCUGAAAAUAUUUUGUACCUUCAGUUACAAAUAAUUGCUUUUUGUUCCAUCAUCUUAUGCCAGGGUAAGAUUGAGUAUAUACUUAAUAGUAGGUUCAGUCGAGUUACUACUGCAUAUAUUUUACUACCACGUGGUGUCAUGAUUCUGCCAGCAAACUGUUGAUGCUGGCAGUGCUUCAGAAGUCUCCUUCCCCAUUCCACACCAAGGUACGAGAUGCCUUUACUAUCUUUUCUACAAUAUGUUCACCUGCAUGGGAUUUCUCCAGGCUUGUUAAUAGUGUUUUGAGCUUGAGAAUUUAUGGGAAAUCUGACAAGUUUCCAGACACUGAACAGCUAGGGUUGCCAGAUGGUUUCAACAAAAAUACUGGACACACUUGACAUUACAUCACAAUCUACAUUACAUCUUAUUUAGAAAAUACCGGACAUUUAUAAUUUCUCAAUGUUUCCCGAACAGAAAGCUCAAAUACUGGACUGUCUGGUUCAAAACCGGACAUCUGGCAACAUAUUAACAGCAUAUUUAAAAAAGAAAUAUCUGUGAAAAAUCAAGAACAUCUCUCAUGCAGAAGAUCCUUUCAGGGAACUGUAAACAGAUCCAUAUCCUUUAAAUUAUCACUUUAAUGUCCAUGUACAUAAAAGUAGAGGUUUAAAUCCCAUUGUAUUUUUUCAUAGAAUACUUGGUUUAGCUACACCCAUAUGCAUUACUUGAAAAGAAGAUAUUUGAAUAUAGAAUUGUAGUAGUAAUCUUCCCAGUAGAGUACUCAAGAGUCCAGUGAAGCCAUAUAACCAUAUGCUUAGUGAAUCUUUAAGAAUUUAGGAGCGAUGUCCCAGGAAUAUGCCCUCUUUAUGACCAGCAUUUUUUUUCUGAAUACAGUUUGGCAUAUGGUAAAUUUGGUCACUGACAAGAUAGGCUAACAUUAAUAUAUCAUCAUCUUUAAAUCCUUCCUCUUCUGAUUAAGUCCUGAUGCCUCAUACAUUUUCUUCCUUUUAUUUUGAAAUCUUUUUAAUUUCUUUGUAGCUCUACCCACUUGAAUGAGGUAUUAAUACAGUUUUUCCCUCUGUGCAAUUAAGUUGUCUGAUUCUGAAUCACCCACUGCUAGAUUUAACUUGACUAUUUCCAUGUCUUUAUUAUCAGAUUACCUAAAAAUAUUUCCAUGAAUAUUAGCUGAAACAGCAUCUUGUUAAUAUCUUACUUGUAUAAAAUGUCAGAAUGCUAAGAUCUAUAUUCUUUUGAUCCCAGUUCCCAACGUCAUUGUUCACUUGGAAAUAAUCUGGAAACUGAAAUACAAAUACAUGAUUAAACCUCUUCCUGGAUCAGAGAUGUCCAUGUAAUUUAGUGUUUGGAUUGGUGUAGUUUCAUCUCUGACAGAGCUACAUAGCUUUCCUGCAAACUCCAUCUCCUCAAGCCAUCAGACUUCAUUUAUGCUACAUAGUAUUCACCUGAAAUUACUUAAGUAUUUUGUCCCUAAAUAACAUUUUUAUGAGCCUGUUUAAACUGAUCAGAGAUUAUUUGCCUUUUAACAAAAUACUUCACUAAGGUGAGCAUUGGUGGUUCUCCUUGACUUUCUAAAAACACACACACACUUUUCUGAAGUAGAUCCAUUGCUCAGCACUUCUAAGGUCUCAACUUAAAUGACAGAAAUGCACUCUUUAGUAUCUAGCCUCUGAUAUCCUCAAAGGAAAUGUACUUUUCUGAGGUAAAAUUUGACUAAUGGAUGAAACUAACAUUAUCCUCUGUAAUGCAAUGUAUGUCCUUCAAUAAUGACCUUCUGUAUCUUUUUUGAAGCUGACAAAGUGGAAACAUUUUAGCUCUUUAUCAGACCUUGGACAAGACUUAAUUGUUUUUCAAAUGAAGUCCAAAAAUGUAGCAACUGUUGGCUGAUGUGUCUAAGAUAAAGCUUUGGGAGCUGGAUAAGCAUGCUCCAAAAUGAAGGCAUAGGGAAAAACCACAGUGAACUAAACUUUUAAGUCCUAGAUAUGCUUAGAAAUUGUAUUUCUGAUGGAUGUGGCUUUACAGUACCAUGUCUUUGUGUGCAUGCUGAGAUCCUCCUACUAGAUCUCUUAAUGGACCUGCUCUGCUAGUUUAUCUACACAAAAGGCAGAAACAUUUUUUUCCCCUAGGGGCAAGAUUAUUAAAAAUCCCAUGGAGGCUAGAAAUUGGAAUUCUCUUGGGAAUUAAAUUGUUUGCUUGCAAGAAGUUUAAAAUUCUUGAAGUAAUUGCUGAAGCUUAUUAGAGAGAUCUUGUAUUACUAGCUCAUUUAUUUGUCUUCCCUAUAUUUAACUUGAUGCAGCCCUUAACUUCCAGUGAAAUCCGUAGUAUUAUUUGCUUGAAGUGCUACCGGAUCUGGUCUCUAAUACUUUUGAGGGGGACAUUCUGCGCAAAAUAAACCUUUUAUGUAAAUAUAGGUAUAACAAAUAUAACUUUCUACAAGCACCUGUGAUGGGAGUGUUUCAUCUCCUUUGAGACAGUUUAGUUGGCAAUAAUGAUAGUCAUGCGUGUUUUGGAAAUCUAAUUCUUUAAAUUGGUCAGGAGUCUGGGCAUUCAUCAUUCACUGCCCAGCUCUCAUCAGGGAGUCAUUUCCUUCAUAGAUGGCAAAGUCCUCAAUUUAGUGGCUGAAAAUAAAAUCAUUCAAGGUGAAUGUCUUGCAUGAUUUAAAAGCUAACCUCAACAGGUUCUUCAUAAAAAUAAAACAAUUCCUUACUUAAUAUUACUUGAGAAACAGGUUGACAGCCUCAAUAAUAUCUUCAGUUAACUUGUGCAAUUCACUUCAAAAAUUGUUUUAUUUUUUUAUCACUAUUCAUGGCAGUUUUACAAUAGAACACCAAUUGAAAUAUAUUAAUUAUUUUGGAUGUUUUUCUAUAUUUUCAAAUAUGUUUUCAAUUAUAACACAGAAUAAAAAGUGUACAGUGCUCACUUUAAUUUUGUUAUUAUAAAUAUUGCCUUGUAGAAAUGAUAAACAAAAUGAACUGAAAAAUUCUAUAUCAUACAAGUACUGUAAUGCAGUCUCUUUAUUGUGAUACUGCAACUUACAAUGUAGAUUUUGUUGUUGUUGGUUUGGUUUUUUUGCAGUUACAGAACUGCACUGAAAAACAAAACAAUGUAAAACGUUAGAUCCUAUAAGUCCAGUCUGUCUUAGUGAUUUGGCUGAAUAAAAAGUAAGGAUGUAAAAGUUUACCUGGUAAACUGAUAGGGGCUGGAGCAGCUCCUUGCCCACCCCUGGCAGGGCUCCAGCCUUGCGGGGGCUGCUGGAGCAGCCCCUGUUCGUGGUGGGCCCAGCCAGCUCUCCUCCCCAUCCUCUGACCGCAGGUUACAUACUAGCUCCUUGAUCCUUGGGAGCUGGCUACAGAGCCCACCACGAAGCCUCACCAGGAUUGAGGCUGGCAACUCUUGCCAGUCCAUCUCUUGGGGAGCCAGCUGGUGCAGCAAAGUCGCCUCCCUGAAAGUGGGGCCAGCAGCCCUUGCUGACCCUACUUCCGGUGAGGUGGCUUCACUGUAGCCUUUGCCUCCCGAGCAGGCUUCACUGCGGGCUAUGCAGUAUAAAGGUUAUUUAAACUUUAUGCUGCAGAGCCCACAGUGCAUGUAACCACUAUGAUUUUUUGUGGUUACAUGGUUACACUUUUAAGCACAUUUUUACAUCCCUAACAAGAAGUAGACCUAAUAAAUUUGUUUACAUUUACAGGAGAUAAUGCCUACUUCUUAUUUACAUUGUCACCUGAAAGUGAGAAUAAGCAUUCGCAAGGCAUUUUUAUAGCUGGCAUUGAAAGGUGUUUACAUGUCAGAUAUGCUAAACGUUCAUAUGCCUCUUCAUGCUUAAGCCACCAUUCCAGAAGACGUGCUUCUGUGCUGGCAAGGGUCAUUUUAAAAAUAUGCAUUAAUUAAAUUUGUGAUUGACUUCCUUGAGGGAGAAUUGUAUGUUUCCUGCUGUUUUACCUGCAUUCUGCCAUAUGUUUCAUGUUGUAGCCGUCUCAGACGACAUGUUACUCAUUUUAAGAACUUUUUCACAGCAGAUUUGACAAAAUACAAAGAAGGUACCAAUCAAAAUUUCCAAAGGUAGCUACAACACUCAACCCAAGGUUUAAGAAUCUAAAGUGCCUUCCAAAAUCUGAGAGGGCAUGCUUCCAGAAGUCUUAAAAGCACAACACUCUGAUGCAAAAAUUAUAGAACCUGCACCACUAAAAAGGAAACUCAACCUGCUAGUAACAUCUGAGGAAAUUGAACAUGCACAAUUCCACACUGCUUUAGAUUAUCUAGCAGAACCCGUGAUCAUGAUGGAUGCUUUCCUCUGGAAUGGUGGUUGAAGCAUGAAAGGACAUGUGAAUCUUUAGCAUAUCUGGCAUGUAAAUACCUUGCAGUGCCAGCUACAAAAGUGCCAUGUGAAUGCCAGUUCUUACUUUCCGAUGGCAUUGUAAACAUGGAAGGAGGCAAGAUUAUGUCCUGCAAAUAUAAAUAAUCGUAUUUGAGGAUUGGCUGUACAAGGACAACUGAGUGGACUUCCCAGGUUCUAAAGUUGUAAUUGUUUGGGGGUUUUAAUACAAUUAGUUUUAUACAUAAGUUUACAUUUGUAUGUUCUGCUUUCAUGAUAAAGGGAUUGCACUGCAGUACUUGUAUUAGGUGAAUUGAAAAAUACUACUUUUUUACAAUGCAAAUAUUUGUAACAAAAAAUGAGCAUUGUACACCUUGUAUUCUGUGUGGUAAUUGAAAUAAAAAUAUUUGAAAAUAUUUAAAUAUUUUUGAAUGUUUUCUACAGUUUUCUAUUUAAAACCCUGAUUGUGCAUUUUAUCAUGAUUAACUUUUUAAUUGUUUGACAGCCCUAGAUACAAAACACUUCUUUUCCCCAUCAUAAUUUUAUCAGUGCUGUUUAAUGAUUUCCCUCCUGGUGGAAGUAUCUCUAAUAUUUAUUGCGAAUAAGGUUUAUAUUUUUGGUGUAUUGACUACCUUGGGAAUUGCAGAUUUAUUGUAGAUACUGCUGUCUGAACUUCAUGGCCUGCCACUCCUUCAGUAAGCCUUGCUCAUAUACAGCAAUAACUAAACACAAGUAAAAAUUUAAAUACCUAAAACAGGUAAGAAUGUGGAUUAUUCAUAGAUAGACUCUUACCAGCACUAUCCCAGACCACUUCUUGUUUGGUGAAAUAAUUUCAGUUUACUCACUUGAAGUUCUUGGAAGCGUCCAAAAAUCGAUUAGGUUUAUUAGUUAACCUGAAACUAAAUAAGAGCUAAAAAUCAAUGUUUUAGAUUGAUUUUGCAAUCUUUAUGUAGUCUGUGAUCACAAGUAGUAUUCUCUUCAUACAUUCUUGUGGAGCUACAGUCACUUACUAUAAGAACCGUGUGUCCAGAACCAAACUACAUAAAAGCACACUAUAAAAUUCUACGAAGAAAACUUGCAAAAUUAAUGUUCACAUUGCUUUCCCAGCUGUAUGUUUUAUUAGACAACAACAAAAAAGACAAUUUGUUGCGUGUAAAAUUGGGUGUCGGCAUGUGGAUGUUUGAGAUAAAAAUAAAAAUGGCUUCUAGGAUAAAAAAAACCUGUAAGCUGUUGGCUAUUUUUCUGGCCCAAGAAUGUGGUGACAGAUGUUUCUUGUAAGAAUCCAUGUACCAGAUUGUACUUGCCUGUAAUAUUUCACACCAAUGCCUAUUUCAGAAAAAUGCCUUUUGAUUCUCUAGAGCUUUGAGAAAUAAUUGCAGAUCUUCCUCGUAAUACAGUUGGAACCAAAGAGGCCCAACUUGGCUAUACAUUUUUUUUACCCUCCUGAAGUUUAUCCAGACUGUGUCAUACAAAGCAAUCUUGUAGAGCCGGGCUACUCAACACGUGGCCCAUGAGUCGCAUGCGGCCUGUAGCCUGUUUGUUUGUUUGGCCUGUGGGUGGGAGCCAAAACAAAAAAGUAGUCAAUAUAAUGGUCUUCUGUUAAUAUGCAUUUUAGUAGUUACAUUCCUGGAGUGUCAUUGUUCGUUUAAAAAAUGCUGUCAUAUGGGUGGAAAUCGGGUAAAUAUUACAUUUUAUUAAUAUGAACAUAACUGACUUAAAUGGGGCCUGUGUGUUGUGUAGUCUUGCCUUAAUCUUUGUAUUCAUACUCGUCAGUGUGAAAAAAGCUAUUUGCAUAUAUUUUUGCAUGCAUAUGCAACCACACUUAAGUUGCGGCCCUCAACAUGUGCUGUGAGUAUCAUUGUGGCCCCCGGAGCUUCCAAAGUUGAGUAGCUCUGCUGUAGAGGGUAUUUAGAAGAAAACUUUUGGAUAGAUUUGAAGGCAGACUCGGUUUUAACCUGAAAUCCUUACUGGCAACUGGGCUUUUUUUGAGCCCUUAACAGAUGGUCCCAUACUGUAAUAGAUAUAUUGUAAGAUUGAAUCUAUGGGAUCUGGCUAUGGUUUAAGAGCUCAGCUGCUGUGUAGGUGCUUAAAUGAAAUGGACAGCUUUUUCAAAAAUUCUCCGUCUGACAACAAAAGAUGUGGAAUUCUUAUAAAAAUCUUGCCCCUGAUGUUGACAACCUGUAUGUAAUGUGAACAUAGCUAUUUAAAAUUGGAUUGAAUUUUUAAGAAUAAGGUUUGUCGUGGGUCUUUUUUUCUUUUCCAAGUAAGGGAGGUGACAUGAGUGGCUGCCAUGUACCCCUCUUGCACACCUGUGUGUUUCUCUGCAUGAGGGGUAUAAUCUAACUUCUAAAGAUUACAACAGAUUUUGUUACUACUCUAAUUCUAGCACACUUACAGGAUUUGGCAUUUUCCCAAAAGGAACAAUUGUUAACUUUGCCCUUGUUAUCUAAGAACUUGGAGUUGGUCAUUUUAUAAUCUCCAAAAUUGAUGUUGACUUUUGUGUCAAAGAAACCUGUUACUUCUGAAUCUGUUAAAAAGUAUUUUUGUUUUGUCUUUAGAUGUGAUUUUAUUUUUCUUUGCUUCAUUUUGUUUCUCCUCUUUGCAUAUGUACUGUAAUUUUUCAGAUGUUGGAAGAUCAGCCCUAUUUCUCUCUAGCCUUAAUUCUCCUUUCUAAUAAUUCCAUCCAGUUAUUGCUCUUGACCAUAUUCUAACCUUUUACUUGAAUAGUCAGUGAAGAUGAGUUCAUCUCUACUUUCCUGCCUUGUUUGUAACUUGUUCUGAUUUUUAUUUUCCAUUAAGCUUUAGUGUACCUUAAACCUAAUAUGUUUUCUUGACAUCUUGCACUAUAUUAUGAGAGUCUGAAGUUGUAAGGGGGAACAGGUGUGUUUUUAUUAUUAUUCUUGAAGCGUCUUCCAUAGCAGCAAAUAUUUGUAAACAGUAUGAUAACAUAUUAAUAUGGACUUGCAAAACUGUUUGUGAAAACACUGCAACCAAGACACACACAUUUCUCCAUACUCCUAAGAUGAUGUAAAAAGUGUUAUUCAUUUGUGCAAAACAUUACUUAGAAUGGAUAAAAUUUUGCAAGACUUUGUUAAUAAGACUCAGAGCAUUUAUAUUCUUGAAUACAGGGCAAUGAAACUGACAAAUACGGUGUGUAGCACACUAUGUGCUCAUAUAGCACAGUGCCUGGAAAUGGUAGAAAGACCUUGAUGCAACAUGUAAUAAAUGUUGGCAAAUUUUUAAUUAUUGUUUUUCUUCAGAAUGAAGAAAUCAUUCCACAUGUUGUAGUGGGAUGGUUUGUGUGUUUUGUUUUUUAGUUUACACAAACAAGCAAACCAUUUAAAUUCCUGUGAUUGGGGCACAAAAGUAAAAAUCUUGAUUAUGCAUAUAAUUCUUGCAAUAGAGUAAGAGCCUGUAUAUGUAAGUGGGGAAAAUCGUGUUUGUACCUGCAAUUUUUGUCCUCCUUAAUGUUCUGCCUUUAAAGACUAUGUUGAGGGUUAACCUGGUGUAAGGGUUAAAAGGUCUGUGCCUUCUAUAACAUCCAUUAUUAAAACAAAAUUGAAACUCA